GGAGAGAGAGGGGGGUGGGAAAAGCAAUUUACUAUUGCUAAACCUAGAGUGACGGCUGAUGGGGAAGCGCGGGAAGAAGCACCGCGAAUCACCAAGGCACCGAAGCGGCGGCGGCGGAGAUGAUAACGACGACUCCUUACCCUCCGCCGCUUACGACCUUCCGUUGCCAACCGAUCAGCAAGAGCUAAGCGAUCCGGAAGAAAAAGAAGACAAUGAUGACGGAGAGGGAGCCGAUUGGAGUUCGACUGCUCUCUCCAAAUUCCAUCUCUAUCAGCUCUCUGUUCAGUCGCCAAAGGGGGACAUCAGCUACAUGCAAAAAUUCUUUCUGAUGUAUGUCGGCGGACGGUUUCCCUUACAUUUGCAGGAAGAUUUCUGUGGAACCGCACUUUUGAGUUGUGAGUGGCUACGUAGUGACCCUAGACGAACAGCUGUUGGUGUUGAUUUGGACCUUGAAUCACUUAAUUGGUGCUUUGAUAAUAACUUAGGUAAGCUUGGGGCUGAUGGAUAUUCCAGGAUCUCCCUUUUCCAUGGUAAUGUCUUGCAUCCCCAGCAAUCUUGCCUUGUGACACGCCAAGAACAAGAUCUCAUCAAAGAUCCAUUUUUAAGUGCACAAAUUGGUUCGUCAGCAAGAGUGAAUGCAACUGAGGGUAAUGGCUCUGUUAACCAAGUAACCUCCAUGACUUCAUUGAUGGAAAAAUAUGCACUGCCCAAUAGAGACAUUGUCUGUGCAUUCAAUUACAGCUGUUGCUGCCUCCACAAGCGUAAAGAUUUGAUUUUGUACUUCAAACACUCUCUGAAUGUUCUGUCAAAAAAGGGUGGCAUUUUUGUUAUGGAUUUGUAUGGUGGUGUUUCGUCAGAGUGCAAGUUGCGGCUUCAAAGAAGGAUUUCUAACUUUACAUAUGUUUGGGAGCAAGAAGAAUUUGACAUACUAAACCGAAAGACAAGAAUUAGCCUCCAUUUCCAUCUCGGAAAGCAGCAUAGUAUUCGACAUGCAUUUUCCUACGAUUGGCGCUUGUGGUCGAUACCAGAAAUCAAGGAUUGCUUGGAGGAGGCUGGAUUCCGUUCCAUACAUGUUUGGAUUCGCAAAAUGCCGGAUACAUUGGACGAUCACAAUAGGCAGGAGUUUAACGCAGAUAGAGAUGUCAAGUAUGAAGAACUGUCAUCGUUCCCGCAACAAGAUGCAUGGAAUGCUUACAUUGUUGGUGUAGCAAACGCUUAGUUAACGUUCAGUAUCCUUCAAUUUUCUUUACAAAUUUGGAGACUGAGAAAUUGCCAAUUACUUGGAAGAUUUACAUA